UAAUGGCACUUUUCCUCAAGUGUCUCAGGUACGAGAAAGGUUCGGCAAUUUAAUCAAGAAAUAUGUGACAAUGAUAUAUAAGCUAAAAGAGUCUGCCAGAUAGGUGUUAACAAUUACAGCUCUUAUUUGUUUUUCUUCAACCUGUCGUUUGGAAUAACGAGAGUACUCCUUGUACGAGAAUGAGCAGAUUGGUAAUUUUCACUGCUCUUGUGGCGCUCACAUGGAUGCAAUGUGAGGCAUAUGAAUUCAGACCAGUUGGCAAUAGAAAAGUGUUUCACGAACCCAUGCUACUCUCUGUGUACUAUGAGAGCUACUGCCCCAACUCUAUCAAAUUUAUUAACGAUCAACUCUACGACGCUUGGAUGUUUAACAACCCCUUCGUUCUGGUGGAAAUGGUGCCUUUUGGAAACGCUAAACAAUCGUACUCUGAUGGACGUAUCACUUUCACCUGCGAGCAUGGACCAAAGGAGUGUAUGGGCAACACGCUGCACGCGUGCGGCAUCCACAAUGCGUGUCAUGGACAGACCACCAAGGACUGUCCAAACACUGACGUCACCAAAGCCUUAAAUUACAUCCGCUGUUUGGUACACCAUGAGGAUCAGUACCACUCCAGACACAAGUGUGCCAAUGAAGCUGGAUUGGAUGAGAGAGCCAUUGAUGAAUGUGUGGAAGGAAAGCUGGGCAAUACACUGACAAGUCGUUAUGGAAAUGAUACCAUGGCUAUGAUAAAAACACCCAUUGACUCUACGCCCUUCAUUACAAUUAAUGGGAAACAUGAUGAAACUGAACAAUACGAGGCGCAGACUCAGUUGCUGGUUUUAAUCUGCAAGUAUCUGCCAGACAACUGUCCCCAUAGCCUAUAGAGUUUCCUAAUAAUAUUAUGCUAUUGUACUAUUACAUUAUAAAAUAGUGAAUAUAUCACCAGUGUUAAAAACAGUUAUUAACAUUUCAAACCAUUAAAACUAGUACUAUGUGAAUGUUUCUUUGAAACUAAAACUAUAUGAAAAGGAAAAUUAAAAUAUCAGAAUAACUUAUUUUAUGGUUUA